AAUUUUUUGAGUUAUCUAAUUAUUUAAUAUUUAAACAUUUGCUGAUUUACUUAAAUUUUUUUUUAAUCUUCUAACAAGAUUGUAUCGGAUAAAUGAGAAUGGUCUUUGUUAAAUUGAGUUGUUAAUUAGAUUUAUAAUUGAGACAAUGUCUAAUAAAAGUAUCGAAGAUGAGGAAAUUAACGAAGAACCGACAAAGCCGGAGAUACAAUCAGAGUUGAUUGACGAAGAACUGAAGAUGCAAUCAGAGGCAACAGAAGAUGAACAAAACAAGACAGUUGAACCAACAGAUGAAGAGCAUUAUGUUGUUCAUCAUUGGAGUAAUUCAUUAAGACUUUUGUGCACCACAAAUAAAGAACAUGAACUUGAAGGAUGUCCUAACAAUCAUACCAAAGGAUGCUUGUGGUCUCCCGAUGGAACAUGUUUACUUGUUCCAUUUGCUGAUUUUCGAAUACGUCUUUAUGACUUACCUUCUGAAUUAUACUCUACUAAACUCUCAGAUAUUUUAUCGCCUUUACCAUUAAAAGCCGCCUUGAAAAUCAAAGAAGGAGGCUUAAUUUAUGAUAUUUGUUGGUAUCCAUGGAUGAGUUCAUGGGAUCCUGUGACAUGUUGUUUUCUAGCUACAAGUAAAGAAACUCCUGUUCAUUUAUGGGAUGCUUUUACUGGAAAAUUAAGAGCUACAUAUCGUGCCUACAACCAAGUUGACGAAGUAGAUGCUGCUAUAAGUGUUCGAUUUGGUAAUGAUGGUAAUACAAUAUGGUCUGGCUUUAAAGGAAUUGUAAGAUCUUUUGACAUUAAUCGACCAGGACGCCAAGUUGAUGAUAUAGUUAUGAAAACCAACUUUCCAAAAAUGCAUGGAAUUGUUUCUUGUAUACGUGACAACCCAAUUUCACCUGGUUUACUCGCUAUUGGAACAUACUCUAAAUGUAUAGGAUUAUACAAGGAUGGACCAUUAUGUUUAUUUGAAACAGACAGUGGAGUAACUCAGCUUGAAUUUAGUCCAUGUGGAACUAAACUUUAUUCUGCUGUUAGACGAAAUAAUGAAUUCCUAUGUUGGGAUCUACGAAAUCCAGGAAAAAUCUUGUAUUCUUUAGAAAAUCGACAAUCAGAUACUAAUCAAAGAAUUCAAUUUUGUAUAUCACAUGAUGGAAGUGAAAUAAUUUCUGGUGGAACUGAUGGUGUUGUAAGGGUUUGGAAAACAGAAGAAUUAAUAAAUAAUACUAUUAUUCCUUCGUGGAAUAUUCCAAUAACAGAUGAUUGUGUCAAUGGUGUUGACAUUCAUCGAACUUUUCCUAUUCUUGCUAGUAGUUCAGGUCAACGGAUGUGCGAUGAUGAUGAGAGGGUUCAAGAUAAUAGUGUUCGAAUAUGGGAUUGUAGUUCAUCAGUGAAAUCAUAAAUAGUUCUGACAGAAAUGUACGUAAACCAAUGAUUUUUAUCUUCAUUUAUUUUACUUAAUUUAUAUUUCUUACAUUUGAUAUGAAUAUGACUUAUUAAUAGGAAAUUACUUUCGAUAUUGUAAAAAUAGAGAAUAGUUUAUUUUUGUAAAACUUGAACAACUCAAGAACUCUAAUUAAAUUUUAAUGUUUACAAUGCAGAAUAGAUUUUAAUAACAAUGUGAAAUUUAAAGAAGUGAUUUCUUAUUGAUGAUAUCAUAUCUACAAGGUUGAAAUAAUGAUUCUACUCUAUAGUGUAAUUUUUAAAUGUGAAUAUCAUUUUUUGUACAUAAGUAAUGAUUUUUUCCACUAAAUGAAACGAUACAUGUCUGAAAUUUAUAUUUCACUCGUUAAAGGUUAAAAAAAGCCACAGAAAAAUAUACUGAUACUUACUAAGAAGCACUAAGUACAAUAAAAAACUUUAGAUAUCAAUUAAU